CAAAUUUUCACAGAACAUCACCAGAGCAUCGCGUGAUUGUAUAACAAUCAGAACAAAAAAUGGGUGCUUCUUCAAGGUCUUCAUCUUGUUCAGCCAUUGUUGAGUUGGCUUUCUUGUUGAUGAUGAUGGUGACCGGAAGCUACUCUGCCCAGCUCUCUCCAAACUUCUAUUCAAAGAGCUGUCCAAAGGUUUUCAAAAGUGUGAAUUCUGUGGUUCAUUCUGCCAUCUCCAAAGAACAUCGCAUGGGAGCUUCUCUCCUUCGCCUCUUCUUCCAUGACUGCUUCGUCAAUGGGUGCGAUGCCUCAGUACUGCUGGAUGACACAGGUUCGUUCAAAGGAGAGAAGAAUGCUCUCCCAAACAAGAACUCACUGAGGGGGUUUGAAGUGAUCGAUGCUAUAAAGUCGAAGGUGGAGAAAGAAUGCCCCGGCAUCGUCUCCUGUGCUGAUAUUGUAGCCAUUGCUGCUCGUGACUCUGUUGUUCUCCUCGGAGGACCUGCGUGGAAAGUGAAGCUGGGAAGAAGAGAUUCAAAAACGGCUAGCUUGGCUGCCGCAAACAGUGGGGCCAUCCCAUCUCCUUUUUCUUCACUCACCACUCUCAUCUCCAACUUUAAAUCUCACGGCCUCUCUGCCAGGGACAUGGUUGCCUUAUCCGGAGCGCACACAAUAGGGAAGGCAAGGUGUUCAAGUUUCAGGGGUCGGAUCCACAACGAGACCGACAUCGACAAAUCAUUCGCAAACGCGAGGAGGAGGACAUGUCCUGCAAAAACCGGAUCAGGAGAUAACAACGUUGCAAACCUCGACUUCGUCACUCCCAACUACUUCGACAACCAAUACUUCAAGAACCUCAUCGCCAAGAGGGGUCUGCUUCACUCUGAUCAGGUCCUCUUCAAUGGCGGCGCCACCGAUUCACUGGUUCGAGCCUACAGUAAGGAUGCCAGGGCCUUCCAUGCUCACUUCGUCGCUGCCAUGAUCAAGAUGGGAGAUAUCAAACCCUUGACUGGCUCAAACGGACAGAUCAGGAGGAACUGUAGGAGGGUGAAUUAGGAUUUAGAUAAAAUAAUUAAUACGUGGGAUUUUUUCUUAUCAUUAUCAUUAUUUUGUCGCGCCCACAUGACUUGUGUUUGUGUGAGUUGGAGUGAUUUCUUACCAAGUUGUGAAUUCUUGUGUUUUGUUUUUUUUUUUUUUUUCUUGGAAUUGUAUUUUACCGUAAGGCUAGAGUACUUGUGUAUGGCAAUGUUUCAGUUUCAUGUUCUUCA